CACACAUGUAAACGUUGAGUUUGGUUGUACCAUUCAUACCGUUUUGUUUUGAACUCAAGUCGAAGGCCAAAACCAAAAUGCGUUGAAUUUUGUGCACCAAAGCAUGGAUUCCGGGAAACUUCUUCAAAAUUUCAAUGUUUAUCAACUGCAUCAAUAGAGAAAAGUGCUGAAAUAUGAGUCGAACGAUGCGAACAUUCAUACUUGUUGGACGUCUCCACCAAUCUCGGUAUUAUACAUCGCACGCAAGGCGAACCGUUCUCCGACAGGAUCAGUCCAAAAUACCCGUUCACGAGUACCCAAUAGCGAAGUCAACGGACACCCGGGUUUACGUGUGGGGACUGGCCGCCACCGGUGCCCUCGGACUGCAGACCUCGGUCAAGAAGCAGGCCAAAGCCCACACGGAUGUGGUUCAGCAUCCGAGCCGGUUGAAUUUCGCCGAAAACCGGGACAUAGUGGACGUUGCCGCCGGGUAUGGCUUCUCGGUGUUCGCGGCCAAAUGUCGCCAUGGAAAGAGCCUGUGGGGAACGGGUAUCAAUACCGAUGCGCAGAUCGGUUACCACAAGCUCGGCGGGAAGCACCGCAAACCGUUCGAGAUGUUAAUCUAUCCGGCGCCGAUCGAUUUGGCCGCCGUGGAAGGGAACGAGAAAGCGGUGGAGAUUGUGAAGGUCACGGCCGGAAGAGCCCACACGCUGGCCCUGGCCAACGAUGGCGUGGUGUAUGCCUUCGGAAGCAACGCCUACGGACAGUGCGGCAGGGAAAUUGUUCGCGGGGAGGAUUACUUCAAUGCUCCGGUUAUAAACAGGAUUACCGACUUGGGGGGAAGGAAGGAUGAUCCGAUCGUGGAAGUGGAUUGUGGCCAGGAUCAUAGUUUCUUUCGGACGGCUUCCGGACGGUUGUAUUCCUGCGGGUGGAGCGAUGACGGGCAGACUGGGCAGGGUCGAUUUGGGAAGGUGAGCACACCAUCGCAAGUUGAGGGCGAUUUGAAAGGAGAGACUGUCUGCAAGGUUACCGGCACUUCCGAUACGGUGCUGGCGUUGACUGACAAGGGUGAAGUGUUCGGCUGGGGUAACACCGAGUACGGUCAACUGGCGACAGAUUCCGAUGAAAACCCCCAAAUAAACCUACCAAUGCAUUUAUCGUUCCUGAAAGACUGUGGAAAGAUUGUGGAUAUCGCUGCAGGUGGUUCGUUCUGCAUGGUGUUGAACGAAAACGGCGACGUGUUCUCCUGGGGAUACGGUAUCCUGGGAUUCGGUCCAGACGUGGGACAUCAAGCGCGCCCAACGCAAAUUCCUCCGGCGCUGUUCGGGCGGAACGAUUUCAAUCCCAAUGUUCGGGUGCGGGCCAUCUCGGCGGGAUUGAUUCACAGUGCGGCCAUCAACGAUCAGGAUGAUCUGUACAUGUGGGGCCACAACCGGUACGGGUGUUUGGGAUUUGGCCACAAGAAUGACCAGUUCUUUCCCCUGAAGGUGGCUGUUAGCGCACGCGUGAUGAAAAUUAGCUGCGGAGUCGAUCACACACUGGCGCUGUGUAAGGCGUUUGUCUAGUCCUUUGGAACCGUAGUGACAAUAAAAGCUUAGUAAGAGUACGAUAUCCAAAGAUUUUUUUUUCAGAUUAAGUACCUACUGCCUCAAAUUUGGUAAGACGAAUAGUUGUAGAUUACAUUAAUUAAUAAAGAUUCCUGCUAAACA